GACAUUUAAAUGGCUACACUGUAUAGCACCCACUGUAUAUUGGAUCGCACAAUACGAAUAGUAACAUUGUUUAUAUGUACGUUGUAACAAACCGCGCUUGAGUCGACUCUGCUUUGCAACUACGUUGUAAUUUGGACCCGAAUCUAUUUGCUGUGUACCCUUUGGAACAGUCAAAAUGAACGAGGAGGAAGACUUUUUACAGAAAACAAGGCAGGGGUUUGAAGAUCUCUGUCGAGCUUUGAAUAUGGACGAGGAGGCGAGCAACGAAGCAUGGAAGAGCUACGAAAACAUAAGCAAAAAUUACACAUUAGAGGGCAGUGAGCUACACUGGUUAGCCUGUGCUCUCUAUGUGGCCUGCAGGACAGCCAUACCAACGGUGGGUAAGGGCACCGCGGAGGGAAACUAUGUCUCUCUGACCAGGAUCCUCAGCUGUUCAGAACAAAGCCUCAUUGAGUUCUUUAACAAGAUGAAAAAAUGGCAGGACAUGGCAAGUCUGCCCCAAGACUUUUGCCAGAGCACGGAGAAGCUGGAGAGGAAUUUCACAAUUUCCGCUGUCAUCUUCAAGAAAUACAUCCCCAUAUUCAAAGCCAUCUUUAAGGCACCCUCUGACGACCCACCCAGAGUCCACAGGAGCCGCAAACAGAGACGCCAUCCCUGCACCGUCGCUGAAGUCUUCAACUUCUGCUGGAUUCUGUUUGUCAACGCUAAAGGAAACUUCCCUAUGAUCAGUGAUGACCUGGUGAACUCAUACCACCUGCUGCUGUGUGCUCUGGACCUGGUUUUCUCCAACGCUCUACUGUGUAACACCAGGAAGGAGCUGCUCAACCCCAACUUCAAAGGCCUUCCUGAGGACUUCAACAGUAAGGACUACAAGCCUACUGCAGGGCCUUACUGCUUCAUAGAACAGCUGUGUGAACUGCAUGAUGGCCUGGUGCUGGAGGCAAAGGGGGUCAAGGAACACUUCUGGAAACCGUUCAUUAAGAGGCUCUUCCAUAAGAAGAUUCUCAAAGGGAAAGAAGAUAGUUUGACUGGCUUUUUCGAUCCUAUGAAUUUUGGAGACAGUUUUGCAUCCAUGGGGCGUGUGUACGAGGAGCAUGUUCUAGCCACAGGGGGUCUGGAUGAGAGGAUCUUCCUGGGAGAGGGGGCCAAUGAAGACCUUGGCACACCAGGCCCCUGUCUCUGUGUGGGAGUAAAGAACCAGGACGCCUCCGCAUACAGACUCUACAGCAGUCUGACUGCCUCAGCCUUGAAGGUGUCUACUCCUCUGACGGGUCUUAAGUAUGUCCAGGACAACUGUCUGGGCACGCCGGUAUCUACAGCCAUGCAGAGUGUUGGCCGACUCCACAGCCUGCUCACAGGACUCAAACACCGCCCCAGUGGCAGACUCACAGACUUACUGAGGGCGUGUGCCAGAGACCCAAGUGAGACCAUCUCCACUAGGCUGAAGGACAUGUGCCAGGUCUUUUGUCAGCACUUUGAGGGCAAAGGGGAGGAGAACGCAGGACUGGGGAAAGACAUUGCAGUGAAGUACUUCCGCCUGGCAGAGGCGCUCUACUAUAAAACCCUGGAGGCCGUCAUUGACCAGGAGAAGGAGAGACUGGGCGACACGGACCUCUCUGGUAUUCUGGAGCAGGAUGUGUUCCAGCGCUCUCUGCUGGCCUGCUGUCUAGAGAUUGUCAUCUUCUCCUACCGACCCCCAGGGGACUUCCCACGAGUCAUACACAUCUUCCAGCUCCCCGCAUACCACUUCUACAAGGUGAUUGAGGUGCUGGUACGGGCAGAGCAGGGCUUGUUCAGGGAGGUAGUGAAGCAUCUGAACCAGGUGGAGGAACAGGUCCUGGAGAGCCUGGCCUGGAGGGGGGGAUCCCCGCUGUGGGACAGCGUCAGGGAGGCCAAGAACCAGCCACCAGCUUGCCAAGAGGUGAUGCCACCGCAGCACCUGGAGGAUGGGAACGGAGACAGCAGUGCUGGCAGCGCCCCUCUCAUCCCUAACAUCCAUGGCACUGACCUAAGCACCAACAGUGGUGGGAAAGGUGUUUCUCCCUCUCCCACCACCCUGUUGGACCGCUACAGCUCCCCCCCCACGGGCUCGGCCAGGAGACGGCUGUUUGUGGACGCUUCCUUCGACACCUCAUCAGACCCCUCCUCCACCAGCACCACUACCACCACCGUCAGGACCUCCCAGGCCAUCGUCACCACCACCAUCCCUGCCGGACAGACAGUGGUCACUAUGGCAACGGCCACGGUUACCGCUAACAACGGACAGACGGUCACCAUACCUGUGCAAGGAAUAGCCAAUGAGAACGGAGGCAUCACCUUCAUCCCUGUCCAGGUGAGUGUGACGGGACAAGGCACGGCCAUGCUCCAGCCCCUGUCUGCCCAGUCCCUGACUGGCACUUUGACCAGCCAACCACAGACCACCACCACCCUGAACAGUCCUGCCCCACAAGGCAGCCCCGCCACCAGUAAACCAAUCAAGAAGCUGGCAGCCCAGGUCCCGUCCAGUAACAAGCCUCAGAAAAAGGGUUCCCUCUCGCUGUUCUUCCGCAAGGUGUACCACAUGGCCAGUGUGCGUCUGAGAGACUUGUGUGCCAAGCUGGACAUCUCUAGUGAGCUGAGGAGGAAGAUCUGGACGUGUUUUGAGUAUUCCCUGGUGCAAUGCACAGAGCUCAUGAUGGACCGACACCUAGACCAGCUCCUCAUGUGUGCAGUCUACGUCAUGACCAAGGUGACCAAAGAGGACAAGUCCUUCCAGAACAUCAUGAAGUGCUACCGCUCUCAGCCCCAGGCCAGCAGCAGCGUCUACAGGAGUGUGUUGAUCUCUGGGAAGAAGAAACGUCUCUCGGGAAGCAGUGUGGGAAACACACAGAGCUCUCCCACAGACAACAGCCAGAAGCAGGGGAGUGGAGACAGCAGCCCAGUGCCCAUGUGUUCCACCAGCACCCUACCUGCCCCACAGCCUGGCAGCAUCCCAUCCACCCCCACCCUGGCCCCCUCCACCUCCUCAUCCCUCCCUCCCUCCCAGGAGCAGGAUAAGGAGGGGGGAGUGGUGGGGGAGGAGGAGCGAGGAGACCUCAUACACUUCUACAACCGGGUCUACAUCAAACAGAUGCGUCACUUUGCCCUCCGCUACUCGCCCAGCUCGCCCUCUGCAGGGGUGCAGUCUCCUCCCCUGUGCCCGUACCCCUCCCUGAGGACCAGCUCCCCUCGCAGGGUCCUCCUGUCCCACAACCACUCGAUCUACAUCUCCCCCCACAAGACUACUGGAAGCCCCCCCACCCCCUCCAUUACCGCACGGGACAAGAUCUUAUACUACAUCUGCAGCAGCCCAUCCAACCGCCUGGCGGAGAUCAACAGUAUGAUCCGCACCGGGGAGACGCCCACCAAGAAGCGCAGCAUGCAGCUUGAGGAGGAGCCAUCGCCCAAGAGGGUGUGCCCGGACAACCAGACGGCCCUGCUCCGCAGAUUACAGGACGUGGCCAACGACCGUAGCUCCUCCCACUGAGGCAGGACACAACCCCUUCAGAACACACCACAGGCUGAAGUCGCUAGUCACUAGAUGGUCAUGAUAGAAAGGAACAUUUUGGCAAUAUAAUAAAUAUCAACAUUUAUGAGUAUAUAUUUGAUUUUCAUUUAGGGGUAAGGACAGGCGUAAGGUUAGGAGGACGGUUCAGUUGUUAGUGAUCAUGGUCAGUGGUUGGUAGUUCUUAUGAUUUGUGUCUAGAAAGUACCAUACUUCUGUCCAUGGCCAGAUUGUGAUGAGCGGCUCAAUUAUUUUAUCACCAUGGCAAUAAGACUAGCUGGUUGUUUUAGCAACAAAACCGAUGCGUGCGCGAUUAUGGUGCUAAACAGACUGGGUUGGCUUAAUUGUUGACAUGUCAACUAUAUUUCGUCUCCAAUGUUUAUUGAAAACAUAUAUACAGUUGAAGUCGGAAGUUUACAUACACUUAGGUUGGAGUCAAUAGAACUCGUUUUUCAACCACUCCGC